GUAGCGCAUGACUGCGACUCCGAGUUCUUGCAGUCCUGUAGGCUGAUCGACUUCCAAGCAGAGAUCACCAAUUUCGUGUCUGGUGGCUCAAGUGAGACAACCCUGGCCAAGUCAAAGGCCAAAAACAAGAGGAAGUCCGGUCAGUCAACUGCUUCCAGCGGCAAGCUUGUGGACAUCACCCAACUGCGUGCAAAGUUCAUUGUCAAGAUCGACUCUGUCAUCCAGAUGGCGAGGGUGCAGUUAGCUGAGUGCCAGACUCUUUUCAUCAAAUACGAACAGGACGAGGAACCUGAACUUCUGGAGAAGUUUCGGAGUUUCGUGACGAAAGGAGCUACACAAAGUGACAUUCUUCAAUGGGAAGGCGUCGAGGAUGAAGGAGGAAUGAUGAAAUGCCUCUUCACUGUGGACACCCGCUUCCAAGCAUGCCGGGUCCUUGCAGCACCAUCUUUGGAGGAAUUACGAAAAUGCCUUGGUCAAGCUGGCCAACAUAUCUGUGAGGUUGACUCCGACAAGCGAGAG